AUGGUGCCAGCGUUCAUUGCCCUGCUACUGUCCCUGCUCCCCGUGGCCGCCGACGCAGCGGCAGCGGCGGCGGCGGCAAUGGAUCCAGCAGAGAGGGAGACGCUGUUCCGUGUCAUGGAGGCCGUGUCCUCCGACCGGGACUGGCGCGUCGAGAGCCCCGACCCCUGCGGCGCGCCGUGGCAGGGGCUCGAGUGCAAGCCGGCCGCCGACGCGGGCGCCGCCGCGGCGGCGCGCAUGCACGUCACGCGGCUGGACUUCGGCGUGGAGCCCAACCCGACGUGCAAGGACACGGCGUCCUUCCCUCCCGAGGUGUUCUUCCUGCCACACCUCCAGUCCCUCUUCUUCGUCGACUGCUUCACCAACCCGGCCGCCGCCACGAUGCUCACGCUGCCGGCGCCCGCCAACCUCUCGGCGGCCUCCGGCCUGCAGCAGCUUAGCAUCAGGGCGAACCCGGCGCUGUCCGGCACGAUGCCGCCGGCGCUGGCCAGCCUCCGGGCCCUCCAGGUGCUCACCAUCUCCCAGAACGGCCUGGUCCGCGGCGAGAUCCCGCUGGGCAUCGGGGACCUCACCUCGCUGGUGCGCCUCGACCUUAGCUACAACUCGCUCUCCGGGCCGGUGCCGACCCAGAUUGGCCAGCUCAAGAGCUUGGUCGGUUUGGACCUGAGCUACAACUCGCUGUCUGGCGCCAUCCCGAGCCGGAUCGGCGAGCUGCGGCAGCUGCAGAAGCUCGACCUCAGCUCCAACAACCUCACCGGCGGCAUCCCGGACACCGUCGCCAACCUGACCUCGCUCACCUUCUUGGCGCUCAGCAACAAUCGCCUGACUGGCCAUUUCCCUCCAGGCAUCUCCGCGCUGCGAAACCUGCAGUACCUGAUCAUGGACAACAACCCAAUCGGCGUCCCGCUGCCUUCCGAGCUCGGCAGCCUCUCCCGCCUGCAAGAACUCCGGCUGGCCGGCUCCGGCUACUCGGGCCCGAUACCGGAGGCGUUCGGCCAGUUGGCGAGCCUGACGACGCUUUCGCUGCAGGACAAUAACCUGACGGGGCCGAUCCCCGCGGCGCUCAGCCGGUUGGGCAGGAUGUACCACCUGAACCUGAGCAACAACGCGCUUGGCGGGGCCGUGCCGUUCGACGGCGCGUUCCUGCGCCGGCUCGGCGGGAACCUCGACCUGAGCGGCAACUACGGGCUGUGCCUGGACGACCGGAGCGUCCGGCGGGGCGUCGGGGUCGGCAUCGGCGCCUGCCGAGGCAGCGGCGACGGUGACACCCCGUCGUCGUCGGCGCGUACUAGCUCGGCGAGCAGAGCUCCGGGAAGAGGUGUGCUUACGACGACUGGUUCCCUGUUAUGCCUGCUCAGCCCUGCGUGCGUGGCCGUGUGCUGCCUUUUUGCCUUGAACGAGCACGCUCUGUAUUGA